GAAAUACAGUUGAGAGCUAUUACUGUAUAAUAAUAUUAUAUACCGUUAGUUAGUAUUCAUUAAAUGUAUUUAUAUAUCAAACAAAUCAACAAUUAGUCACUUAUUGUCCUUCAAUUGAUUUGUUGAUAUAUUUUCCUCAAUCCAUCUUUAGUUUGAUUUUGAAAUAAAUAAUAUUAAAGAUAAAAGACAUGAAAUCAAUGCAAAGUUUGACAAAAGCCGCAAAACUUGCCAUACAUUCAAAUUCAGUGAUAAAAAUAAUAAUUUUAUUGGUAUUAAUAAAGUGGUCAAUGGGUUCACAACCGUUACCGAUGGCCUCAUAUAACGAAGUGUUGGGCGAUUCGGCGGACAUUGAACUUCGGGUUGCAGUCGAACCCGGAAGACAUGACUGUUUCUAUCAGGACGUCAAACAUAACCAUAAUCUCGAUAUUUCAUAUCAAGUAAUUGAGAUCUCGUCGCGAUUUAAUUGGUUAUACACUCAUUCUUCCGAUUUGACCAUUGAUUUUGUUAUCAAAGCACCCAAUGGUGUGGAAAUAUUUCGUGAAAUGCGAAGAAAAGACGGACAGUUUGUCUAUCGGGCGUCAGAAGCGGGAAUUUAUGCCAUUUGUUUGGACAAUAGUUUUAGUACAAUGUCUACAAAAUUAGUUAAUCUUGAAGUUUAUGUUUACUCGACUGACGACGACAAUGACCGCUGGGGUCUUGACUCUGACUUUACAUUUCCUCCAGAAGUUCAGUAUUCAGAUUCUGUGGAAACAAUUAGAACUUCAAUAAACAAAGUGAGAGAUGACUUAAUUCGUGUUUCGCACGAACAAGAAAUUAGAAGAGCAAUAGAGACCAGAGAUCGCAAUAUUGCCGAAUCAAACUAUGAUUACGUCAACCGAUUCUCAAUGGUCUCAAUUAUGGUGAUGAUUGGUGUCGGACUCAUUCAGAUUUAUAUGAUUAGGAGUUUAUUUGAAACCAAAAGUGUUAUCAAAAAGUUUUUCAAAGGUUAUUGAUUUAUACCAAAGUAUUGAACGAUUCAAAUGAUAUUUUAUAUAAAAUUAAUAUAUAAAUAAUUUUCAAAAGUUAAGUCCAUUUAUAACGCAUCCAUAAUAACUAGUCAUAUAAUUUAAGGUCAAUCAAAGCUAAAACACUAUUAAUAUAACAAAACGUGCCUUUCAUUUACACCAAAAAACAAAACCGUAAUAUAACGGCUGUUCACCGAUUAUUCAAUUUAAUUAAUUUUUUAUAUUUUCAUAUUUUUAUUAAAACUAAUUUUAUAGAGUAAAGUACAAU